AUGAAGAAAAAGAUGAACAAGUUGAGGAAGGUAAUUCUGAAAAUUUCAACUCAGAAGAACAAGCAUAUGCAAGAUGAUCCUAUUGAUACUGAAGCGGAGAUCAUUCCUGAUGAUAACACCGGAGAUAAUAUUGAUAAUACUGUUGGUAAUAUAUAUGUAUUUGAUGUUGAUGUUCAAAUGUUUGAUCAACAUGAACAACAAGAGGAACAAGUAGAGAAUAAAACUAAAGAAAAGAGCACUGAUGAGCCAUCGGUGAACACACAGCCUAAUGAUACUCAGACCCCAUCGGAGAAAAGGGAAUAUGCUGAGAAAGAACUUGAGAUCUUGAGUGAAACAUUUAGACCACUGAAUGACUCAGCUAUUCAUUUUGGUAGAUCAGUUGUAGACUUACACCACAAACUUGAAGUGUAUGAACAUGAGCAGGUCAAAUGGUUAUUUUUCUUGAUAAUUGAAGGUGUGUUGGAGAAUUUCAAAGAAAGAGAUGGGCAAUUCUUGAUUUCAUAUAUUUACUCACAUGAGGAGAUAAGAUUAGUAUUAAAUUUAUUUCGUGUUUCACCCAUUGCAUUUUAUGAGGAGAAAGUUAUGGAUGAGGCUAACGUCUUUGCAACUACAUAUUUAAAACAAGUUAUGUCAAAGAUUGAUGAUGCCAGUCUUUUACAAGAGAUAAAAUUCAAUUUGGAGUAUGGAUGGAACACCAAUAUGCCUAUAUUGGAAGCAAGGAAUUAUAUUGACAUAUAUGGAGAAAACACUUCAUGGUGGUGCAUGGAGUCAAAUGUGCCUCAAUUAGAUUUUGCUCGUAAUCAAUAUGUGGAAUUUUAUGUUUGGGCUGCAGGAGGUUGUAUAGAGCCAAAGUAUUCUUCUUUCAGAAUUGGCUUUGCAAAACAUUGUUCUCUUGCAACAAUUAUGGAUGAUAAAUAUGACACAUACGAGACACUCAACGAGCUCAAACUCUUCACAAAUAUUGCUAGAUGGGAUCCCUCUACUAUAGAUUUCCUUCCAGGGUAUAUGAAAGUUGUGUUCAUAACUUUUUAUGAAAUGAUGAAUGAAAUGGCACAAGAGGCAAUCAAGACCCAAGGUCGAGAUACAAUUGACUAUUCUAGAAAAGAUUGGGAGGAUUCCUUGGAUUCUUUUAUGCAUGAAAUGGUAAUUUUUCCCCUAUGA